AUGGCUACUUCCUUCAUACAGAGCUCUUCUUCUACCUAUGGUGGUGGCUUUGGUGCGGGUGGAAGCAGCAGCUCUCGCCUUUCCUCAGUCCGCACAGGAGGAACCUGCCGAGCUCCAAGCAUACAUGGAGGAUCUGGUGGCAGGGGUGUCUCCAUCUCUUCAGCUAGGUAUGUCUCCUCUGUAGGAGGUGGAUAUGGUGGUGGCUUGUCUUCUGGUUUUGGUGGUGGUUAUGGAGGAGGCUACAGUAGCUUUGGCGGUGGUGCAGCCUGUGGCUUUGGUGGAGGGGCUGGCUUUGGUGGAGGCGCUGGCUUUGGUGGAGGUUUUGAACUUGGUGGUGGCUUUGGUGGUGGUGAUGGCCUUCUCUCUGGAAAUGAAAAGAUAACCAUGCAGAAUCUGAAUGAUCGUCUGGCCUCGUACCUGGACAAGGUACGAGCACUGGAAGAGGCAAAUUCUGAUUUAGAAGUUAAAAUCCGAGACUGGUAUCAGAAGCAGGCUCCUACCAGCCCAGCCCGGGACUACAGUCAUUAUUACAAGACCAUUGAAGAUCUCCGAGACAAGAUCCUUGCAGCUACUAUUGACAAUUCCAGGGUCAUUUUGGAGAUCGACAAUGCCAGGCUGGCUGCGGAUGACUUCAGACUGAAAUAUGAGAAUGAGUUGUUCCUGCGCCAGAGUGUAGAGUCUGACAUCAACGGCCUGCGCAGGGUCCUGGAUGAGCUGACUCUGUCCAGAGCUGACCUGGAGAUGCAGAUUGAAAACUUAAAGGAGGAGCUGGCCUACCUCAAGAAGAACCAUGAGGAGGAGAUGAAAGAGUAUUCAAACCAACUAAGUGGAACAGUCAACGUGGAAAUGGACGCGGCUCCUGGCAUCGACCUGACCAGAAUUCUCGCUGAGAUGAGGGAACAGUAUGAAGCUCUGGCUGAGAAGAACCGUAAAGAUGCUGAAGCCUGGUUCUUCACUCAGACCGAUGAGCUGAACCGUGAAGUAGCCACCCAUACACAACAGAUACAGACGAGCAAAUCAGAGAUCACAGAACUGAGACGCACAGUCCAGAGCCUGGAGAUCGAGCUCCAGUCACAGCUUAGCAUGAAAGCUGGACUGGAAGCCAACCUGCGGGAUACAGAAGGACGGUACUGUGCCCAGCUGGCACAGAUUCAGGCCCUUAUCACCAGCGUGGAGGAGCAAUUGAGUGAACUUCGAUGUGACAUGGAGCGUCAGAACCAGGAGUACAGAAUGCUCAUGGACAUCAAAAGCCGCCUGGAGCAGGAAAUCGCCACGUACCGCCAGUUGCUGGAGGGCCAGGACGCUCACUCCUGCAGUCUUUUCUCAUCAGGAAGAUGCUCCAGUAAGCAGAUAUUUCAAACUGCAGAAAAACAACAUCACAAUCUGCUAGAAAAAGAAAAACCAAGCAAUACAAAUUAUGUGUUUUCCUGA